UAAAGCGUCUGCCUCCUCAUCACCAGCCGAUGGACCAACAGCUCUCUGCUCUCAUCAGCAGCUGAGGAUCACGACUCUCCUGCACAACGCCGACACCAUCCCUUCCUCCUGACUCUGCAGGCAGCUGCAGCUCACUGAGGCUUGACAGAGGAGCGCGAGCUGAGGAGGACCGAGCAGCGUAUCUCCCAAACAGCAACACAACCCCAGGCGCAAUGCAGGCCAACGAGAAGGUGUUUGACGGCGGUGUGAUGCCCGAAGCCAAUGGAAAAGAUCCCAACCCGAGCGGGCAGGCCGAGGGCCCCAAGUGGCAGAAGCCGCGGCUCACGCGUAAAUCUCUGAUGAAGUGCUGUCUCGUCAAGUGGAUCAUCGCCAGCACGACUCAACAGGGCCCAGAUGAGAGCAACGACGGGGACCUUGAGCUCUCGAUGGUGCGUUACCAACCGGAGGGUCUCGAUCAGCUGCAGGUCCAGACUAAGUUCACCAGGAAGGAGCUGCAGUCGCUUUACAGAGGAUUCAAAAAUGAGUGUCCCAGUGGACUCGUGGAUGAAGAAACUUUCAAGACCAUUUACUCACAGUUCUUCCCUCAAGGAGAUGCAACCACAUAUGCACAUUUCUUGUUCAACGCUUUUGACAUGGACAGAAGUGGCUCCAUCCGCUUUGAAGACUUUGUGGUAGGACUGUCUGUGUUGCUCAGAGGCUCCGUCACAGAGAAACUGCGAUGGGCGUUUAAUCUAUACGACAUCAAUAAGGACGGCUACGUCACUAAGGAGGAGAUGUUGGCAAUAAUGACAUCGAUUUAUGACAUGAUGGGCAGGUACACUUUGCCCAGUGUGCGGGACGAUUCCCCCUUUGACCACGUGGAGAAAUUCUUCCAGAAAAUGGAUCGUAACAGAGACGGAGUGGUGACAAUAGAUGAAUUCAUAGAAACCUGCCAAAAGGAUGAAAGUAUAAUGGCUUCAAUGCAGCUCUUUGAAAACGUCAUCUAGUGUCUUUGGGCGGACACGAGUCAGUAAUGCGGCAAAGUGCUUCCAGCUACAAGCCUCUGGGUCUGAAAUAAAUUCAUAAAUCAAUUCACCCUGAAACAGCCAAACACUCGUACUUCUCCAGACAAACUGUUAUGCAGAGAAAUGUGCAGAAUUCACCCAAAUCACCUGAAGCCCUUUUUCUUAGCAUGACAGUUUUCACUUUAUUAUUUGCACAUGAAGCACAAAGGAUUUGUCAUCGUUGCUGUAUGAGCAUGAGUGUUUGCCCCACCAGUCAAAGCAUGUGAUGCAGACCACGGGGAGUUUUGUUGUUGACCACUUUGAAACUCAGGCGAGAGUGGGAUGAGACUUUUUACUGUGUCACACUGCAAAGAAAAAUAGUCCAGUUUUUUGGUGUGUGUCUUCAGAUUGAGGUUCGGUUUUUGUCAUGUUGACCCAAAACCUGCUGAAAUAAAUGUAUGCCGUCACUGUCCACUCCAGCAUGCAUCUUCUUUUUAGAGAGAAUAUCUGAAAUGUGAGAGUAGGAUGUGAAUGUGCUAAAUACACAUGUGCAGGGUGUUACUAUUUUUCACUGGGAUAUAAAUACACAUGGCUGGUAUAUUUCAAAAUAAAACCAAACAAGUCUUCA